AUGUCGUCAAAACAACGCCGAGGCGCUCCCGCAAAUGAGAAUAGCACAUCAGACCAACGAGCCCUAACAGCUCACUCCACUCAUCCUUCGCUAAACGGGGUAAAGCCUUGUGACAAUGAUCCCCUCAAAGUGAAUAGAAUUGUUGCCUGUUAUGGGAAAGUAAACGAAGAUUUCGAACUGGCUUACACUUUCAUUAAAGUGAUCGGGAAUGGGUCAUUCGGUGUGGUAUACCAGGCAAAACUAAUAAACACUGGUGAGGAGGUCGCGAUUAAGAAAGUACUGCAAGAUAAGAGGUUCAAGAAUCGAGAAUUACAAAUUAUGAAAUUAGUUUCACACCCAAAUAUCGUAGAUUUGAAAGCCUUCUUUUAUACGCCUGGUGAGAAGAAGGAUGAACUGUUUCUCAAUCUAGUUCUGGAAUACGUUCCAGAAACUGUCUACCGUGCAUCUCGCUUGUAUGCCAAAUCCAAACAAACCAUGCCAAUACUCUUGAUCAAACUCUACAUGUAUCAACUGUUUCGAUCACUCGCUUAUAUCCAUUUACUGGGCAUCUGUCAUCGUGACAUUAAACCACAGAAUCUUCUUCUGAAUCCACACACUGGUGUACUGAAGUUAUGUGACUUUGGAAGUGCAAAGAUUUUGGUAGCAGGCGAGCCCAAUGUUUCUUAUAUAUGUUCCAGGUACUAUAGGGCACCUGAGUUGAUCUUUGGCGCUACGAACUAUACUACUAAUAUCGACGUUUGGUCGACCGGUUGUGUAAUGGCCGAAUUAAUGCUUGGUCAGCCAUUGUUUCCAGGGGAUAGUGGCAUUGACCAAUUAGUGGAGAUUAUCAAAGUCUUGGGCACCCCAACAAGGGAACAAAUCAAGACCAUGAAUCCAAACUAUAUGGAACAUAAAUUUCCUCAAAUUAAGCCACACCCUUUUUCAAAGGUAUUCCGCACUCGGACACCAUCAGAUGCUAUUGAUCUUAUAUCGAAGCUUCUAGAGUAUACACCGUCGCAGAGAACAACGGCCAUUGAAGCAAUGUGUCAUCCAUUCUUUGACGAACUUCGCAAUCCCGAGACUAGAAUGCCUAAUGGCAAAGAAUUACCUAAAUUAUUUGAUUUUACACCGCAAGAACUUUCUAUUCGCCCCGAUCUUAUCCAGCAACUCGUACCUCUUCAUGUGGUACCUGAACUUAAAUCACGAGGCAUUGAUAUCCAUAAUUUCACCCCACUACCUGCGAGCGAAUUGCGUGCAGUAUCAGAAUAG